CUGCACUACGGGACCCUCCUGGGCAGCAGAGCUUGUGCUCACAUGGCAGCAGCUGCCUGGGCCAGUGGCUUUCUCUAUUCUCUGCUACACACAGCCAAUACAUUUUCCCUGCCCCUGUGCCAUGGUAAUGCCUUGGGCCAGUUCUUCUGUGAAAUCCCACAGAUCCUGAAGCUCUCCUGCUCCAAAUCCUACCUCAGGGAGCUUGGGCUCAUUGCAGUUUGUGUCUGUUUGGUAUUUGGUUGUUUUGUGUUCAUUGUUUUCUCCUAUGUGCAGAUCUUCAGGGCUGUGCUGAGGAUCCCCUCUGAGCAGGGACGGUACAAAGCCUUUUCCACCUGCCUCCCUCACCUGGCUGUGGUCUCCCUGUUUGUUAGCACUGCAGCCUUUGCCUACCUUAAGCCCCACUCCAUCUCCUCCCCAUCCCUGGAUCUGACCCUGUCAAUUCUGUACUCAGUGGUGCCUCCAUUGGGGGUAGGGGCAGCGACGCAAACCGUGGAGGACUUUGACCCGGUCGGGUGCGCGGAGGCACGAACGCCGGAACCCCCUCAGCGACCGGACUCACCAUCGGAGGGGGGGGAAUACGUGCGGACGUUUUGGCAGGGGCUAGCACAGGAGGCGCGGAAUGCUGCUAUAAUAUCGGACCCCGAAGCGGUUGAUAAAAACGCACCCCCCCAUAUGCGUUUGAAAAUGGUGCUGGAGUGA